AUGUGGUUCUGUGCUCUGGUCCUGGCCUCUCUUGCUGCCUCCACAGCUUGGGGGCAGACAACUGCACCACCUGUGGUGAACACCAGGCAGGGCAAAGUCCUGGGGAAGUUUGUCAGUGUAGAAGGAGUGGCACAGCCCGUGGCCGUCUUCCUCGGAAUCCCCUUUGCCAAGCCCCCGCUGGGAUCCCUGAGGUUUGCACCGCCAGAACCUGCAGAGUCAUGGAGCUACGUGAAGAAUACCACCUCCUAUCCUCCCAGGUGUCCUCAAAUCGCAACAGUCAAUUUAGAUUUUAAUCCAGACAUGAAGAAUACUGCUCUUAAUAUGUCUGAAGACUGCCUUUACUUAAAUGUUUACACUCCCAGCAACUUAGUUAAGAAAAGUAGGCUGCCGGUUAUGGUGUGGAUCCAUGGAGGUGUUUUGUUGAUGGGUUCAGCAUCAGAGUUUAGUGGGCUGGCCAUGGCUGCACAUGAAAAUGUAGUGGUGGUGACCGUUCAGUACCGUCUGGGCAUCUGGGGAUUCUUCAGCACAGGGGAUGAACACAGCCGAGGGAACUGGGGUCACUGGGAUCAGGUGGCUGCACUGCGCUGGGUCCGGAACAACAUUGCCAACUUUGGAGGGAACCCAGGCUCUGUGACUGUUUUUGGAGAGUCAGCAGGUGCUCAAAGUGUGUCUGUUCUUGUUUUAUCACCUCUGGCCAAGAACCUCUUCCGUCGAGCCAUUUCAGAGAGUGGUGUGGCGCUUAUCCCUGGCAUCUUCAGUAGGAACCCAAAGCCUUUGGCCGAGAAAAUUGCUGUCACAGCUGGGUGUUCUACCACCACCUCAGCUGUCAUGGUUCACUGCCUGCGCCAGAAGACAGAGGAGGAACUCCUGGAAGUAACACGGGAAAUGAAAUUCUUCGUUGUGGAUUUUGAUGGAGAUCCUACAGAGAGCUACAUCUUCAUGACCACAGUUGUUGAUGGGGUGCUGCUGCCAAAAGCUCCUGAAGAGAUUCUGGCAGAAAAGAAAUUCAACAAGGUCCCCUACAUCGUGGGAUUCAACAAGCAAGAGUUUGGCUGGAAUCUUCCAUCAGUGACAAACUGGCCACCCACCAGUGUAGAUUCACCACUGUCUGUAUCUACUGCCUUAAUCAGAAGGAUGGGCCAUGGUGUUCACUCUUUUGACUUGUUUCAGAACAUCUCUAAAGAACUGAUUCCGAUGGCCAUUGAAAAAUACUUGGGAGGAACAGAUGAUCCUGUGCAAAAGAAGGGCUUGUUCAUGGACAUGAUGGGAGACUUGUUAUUUUGUGUCCCAUCUGUGGUUGUGGCUCGUUAUCACAGAGAUGCUGGAGCACCCACCUACAUGUAUGAGUUUGGGUAUCGUCCGAGCUUCUCACCAAGUUUGAGACCUUCGACAGUUAUUGGGGAUCACGCAGAUGAACUUUUUUCUGUCUUUGGGAUUCCACUUCUUACAGAGGGUGUGUCAGAAGAGGAACUCCAACUGAGCAAGAGGAUGAUGAAAUUCUGGGCCAACUUUGCUCGAAAUGGGAACCCCAAUGGGAAGGGGCUUCCUCAGUGGCCAAAGUACGACCGCCAGGAAGGAUACCUGCAGUUCGGAGCCUCCACCCAGGCAGGCCAGAAGCUGAAAGACGAGGAAGUGGCUUUCUGGACUGAGCUCCUUGCUAGAAGGCCGUGA